GUGCAAUAUCCUCAGAGACAAGCAUUUCAUUACCAUUUGCUGGUGGACUUGACUGUGCAUUAGAUUUAGUGUUGGAAUCAGUGAGUGAUAGAAGGGAGAUUGUUUAUCAAGAGUCAGAUGAUUUGAUUAGCUAUUGA